GUUCACGGUGAUCGCUCGAUCAGGUGGCAUCGAGCGGGAUCUGCUCGCGCGCCGUCGCCCCGUCGCGUUCCCGCGGUCGUACUCGCGUCGACGAAGGGGAAAUACAGAGAAGAAAUAAAAUAAAGACGCACGUCACCGGAUAUCGCGUUGUGUCCUCCGUGGGAAAACGAGAUAUUCCACCGGGAUAUCCAUCCGGGAAGGGAAAUCGACGAUAAUGAUUCAGCGGAUUCCUCAUUGAAUAGAUCAGUACGUCGGAUCGGCUAUCAGACAUGCGUUGGUUUCGCGGCCACGCCGAGGCACCGAGACUCCUGCGCCUAAGUCCCCUACGAGCCGACGAAGACGUCAACGAAACGUCCUACCAUUUCCGUGCGAGGUCUCGUUGCAGAGACAUAUCACCAGUGCGAUGGGCCCGGAGAAAAUCAUCGAGUUCCGAAUCCGAGAGAAACUGCUACAACGUGCAGACCUCCCAAGUGACAACCGAGCGGACUGCCAACAAGAAGGACAAGAAGAGGAUCCAGGAAGAGCGGCGGAAAGUGUGCGAGAAGCGGAAUCCGCUGCUGGACCGCGUGAAGAGCACCAGACUGAGCUUCUUCAAGGAUCGCGAUUCCGACGAGGGCGAGAACGAUGGUGACGACGAGGAAGCGGGACGCGUCCAGUUCCGUUCGAUGUGCGAGCUGAGGCACCGCGGUCUGACCAGGAGCGAGUUCCGACGCUCGGUCUGCGAGUCCGACCUGAAGGACAUCACGGAGGAGGGGAACGGUCACACGAAGAGGAAGAGACGCGCCAAGUCGCAGAGCAGGUUGUCGUACAAAAAGCAGCAGGAAGAGCGGUUCUCCUUCUUGGGCUUCCGCACCUCGACACCUCGGAAGCAGCCCGAGUGCCGCGGGCCGAAGGAGGGGGAUCCAGUCCAGGAGGACGCGAUGCCUCACGACUACCGAUGGGAGAGGACCGCCGAUCGGGGCUUCCUCGAGGAGGACCGUGGCGCCGAUCGAUCCGUCGGUCAGGUGACGGUGGUCGACACGGGGGCCGUCCCUGCUGGAGGCCACGCCGGCGAGAUUUUCAAGAAGGACACCACGGCGUUCGACACCAUCACGCCGUCCAGCUGCCUGGCGGCGAAAUUCCGCGCGAUGCAGGACAGGUACCUCAAGAGCUCGACCAACAGGCUGAUCGCGAAGAUCUACAGGAAGGACUGCAAGGACCGGGAGAGGCGGAGGCUGCGUAGCUUCUCUUACGGCACGUUGCCGGGUCUCGAGGAGCUACGAACGAAUCCGCUGUACGAGGAUCAGGAUCAGGACGACAACGACUCCGGGAUUCUGGACAACGACUCCGCCACCAGCUCCCUCCUGGACGACAGGUGUAGCAGCGGCGCUUCCGGGCCGCUGAACAACAGCAGCCAAAACGACUCCUGUCUGGGAUCGCCGCCUCAGCUCCCGCCCAGAAGACCCUUCUCGACCGCCACGGACGUCGACGGAACCGCGCGACUCUUCGCGAGUUUGGACGUGUACUACGACAAGGCCAAGGAUUCCGGGAUGAGCCUUCUUACCGAGGAGUACUCGAGCGUUUGUCAAGCCGCGAACGGUACGUUGAUAGAUCGUCAAGCGGCUCGAGCCGCCGUCGCCGCCGUCGCCGCGGAGAACAAUACGGAUCGGGAGAGAGAGGAUGGAACCGUGGACGAGGAGGGUUCCAAACGAAAGCAACGCAGUUCCGGUUUGCAGGUGGUGAGGAGUAGAGCCUACACCACGGAGACGAUGGUCGUGAAGCUUCCCAAGGAGACGGCCGAUCAGUGUCUCGGUAUCUUCAUCGCGAAAACCGCGGAGUCGUGUCCGGGUUACUUGGUGGCUCACGUGGUGCCGAACGGACUGGCCGAUAAGGAGGGCACUCUGAGGAUCGGCGACGAGAUUCUGAUCGUCAACGGGAAGCGAUUACGUGGCCUGAGUAUGGCGGAGGCUAGGAAGAUCCUGGGCAGCGGCAGCGGUCCCGGUGACAUCGACAUCGUCGUCUCGCGAUACUCGGGCGUCGAUCAGCAAGCGAAGAAGUUGAAGGAGAGCAGCGUGGACUACGAGAACGUUAGCAUGGAGGACGGCCACGGAGUGAUCGUCGAAAGUUCACCCGGAUCGCAUCACUUCAGGAAGCGUCAGACCAGGUGUCACCGAGACAAGAAAGACGAGUCGAAUAGAUCGAUCUCGUCCGAGAAGUUCGCGACGAACAUGGACAGCGGAUUCACGCAGAGUGUCUCGAAGUUCUGUACGCUUCCCAGAAGGCCGAGGAACACGGUGUCUACGUUCCUUACGGUGCUUUUCGAAAAGGGCGCCGGAAAGAAGUCCCUAGGAUUCACCAUAGUUGGCGGAAGAGACAGCCCGAAAGGAAGCAUCGGUAUCUUCAUAAAGUCGGUACUGCCUACCGGACAGGCCGCCGAAGAUGGCCGUUUGCGCGCAGGGGACGAAAUUUUGGCUGUGAACGGCCAAGUUUGCCACGACUUGACGCAUCGUGAAGCCGUACAGCUCUUUCGCAAUAUUAAAAGUGGGCCGAUUGCCUUGCACCUGUGUAGACGCGUGAAAAAUCGCGAAUCACAAAUAUUGAAAGCCAAGUCGUGCGCAGAUCUUUUGUUAAUAGACACGUGAGAGCGAUGACUGAAAGGGAGGCGGGUAGCAUGGCAAAUUAUGUAAAAUACGAAUCAUGUAUAUACUGUACAUUUUCAGAAUUCGCUAGAAAUAAAACAGUUAUUUAAUAACAA